AUGGUCGAAAAAAAUGGCAAAGGUGGCAACCUCCAGGUGGAAGAGCAUGAGCAUCAUGAGCAUACGGACCAGAUUUCUCCAGAACUCGAGGCACUACUUCAUACUGAUCCUACGCAGGGCCUAUCAGAUGAAGAAGUCGGUAAACGCAAGGCUGAGUUCGGCCCAAACGAACUUAAAGAAGUCAAAAAGAACCCUAUCCUCAAGUUUUUAGGAUACUUUACUGGUGCUAUCGCUUACUUGAUCGAGGUCGCCUGCAUCAUUUCGGCUGUUGUUAAGGAUUGGCUUGACUUUGGCAUCAUCUUGGCACUUUUACUCGUUAAUGCCUGCAUUGGGUUCAUUGAAGAGUCCAAAGCUGAGUCUGCUCUGGAUGCACUACGCCAGACACUAGCUCUCAAGACUCGAUGUUGGCGUAAUGGUCACUUGGUUGAACUUGAUACUACUGAGUUGGUACCAGGCGAUGUCAUUGUCUUGCGCCUAGGCGACAUUGUCCCCGCUGACGGACGUCUUCUUGGCAUGGGUGCCUCAGGUGAAGAGACAAACGCUGAGUUGAUGAUCGACCAGUCUGCAUUGACAGGGGAAUCGCUACCUGUAGCCAAGAAGAAAGGUGAUGUCGUCUACUCAUCAUCAAUCGUGAAGCAAGGCCAACAGAUGGCCAUAGUGACUAAAACUGGAGCUGACACCUUUAUCGGCCGUGCUGCCAACCUGAUCUCCAUCACCACAGAAGAAGGCCACUUUCAAAAAAUUAUUAAUCGCAUUGGAAACUUUUUGAUCCUCAUUACUGUUGUCCUUGUUGGCAUUAUCCUGGUUUACCAGCUAGUACAUUUCCGUGGCACACCUGACGGUGCUUUCCUUACUGUACUCGGCCGUGUCCUGGUCCUGACGGUCGCUGCCAUCCCUGUUGGGUUACCCACAGUCAUGUCUGUGACCAUGGCCGUUGGGGCAAAGCAGCUCGCUGCCAAACAGGUUAUUGUAAAGCGCCUGACUGCCGUCGAGGAAAUGGCUUCUGUUUCUGUUCUUUGCUCCGACAAGACUGGGACUCUCACCCUAAACGAACUCACAUUCGACGAGCCAUAUCUGACUAACAACUAUACUGCUGAGGAUAUCCUUUUGUACUCAUACCUUGCUGCUGAGGCUGGUGCUAAUGAUCCGAUCGAGCUCGCUGUCCGUACUGCUGCUGAAGAACAACUGCCCCUCUUACAGAACCGUACUCAUAAGCAUGAUAUUCCUGGAUACAAGAUCACUUCUUUCCUGCCUUUCAACCCUGAUACCAAACUCACGCAGGCUACGGUCAUCAACAAGGAGACUAACGAGACAUUCAAGGUUGCCAAAGGGGCUCCUCAAGUCAUUAUUCGCCUCGUUGGAGGAGAUGAUGAUGCCGUUAGAGCUGUUAAUGCUCUAGCCAAGCGCGGCCUCCGUGCACUCGGCGUUGCCCGUACUCGCAAGGGAUCGGCUGAGGAAUUCGAGUUGAUCGGUAUGAUUUCGCUAAUUGAUCCUCCUCGUCCUGAUUCUGCAGAGACCAUUGCCCGCUGCCGCCAUAUGGGCGUAGAUGUCAAGAUGGUGACUGGCGACCAAUUGAUUAUUGCCAAAGAAGUCGCUCAUCGCCUGGGUCUUACCCGUGUUAUUCUUGAUGCUAACCAUUUGGCCGAUCCUGACAAGUCUGAGGAAGAGGUGACAGAGCACUGUAUCCGCGCCGAUGGAUUUGCACAGGUCAUUCCAGAACACAAGUAUCGUGUAGUGGAGCUACUUCAGAAGCGCGGCAUCAUUGUCGGUAUGACCGGAGACGGUGUUAAUGAUGCUCCUGCUCUCAAAAAAGCCAACGUUGGUAUCGCUGUCCAUGGAUGCACGGAUGCAGCACGUUCUGCUGCAGACAUUGUUUUGCUGGCUCCAGGUCUAUCAACAAUUGUUGAUGGUUUGCUAACGUCUCGUGCCAUUUUUCAGCGCAUGCGAUCUUAUGCUCUUUAUCGUAUCACAUCUACGGUCCAUUUCUUGAUGUUCUUCUUUAUUGUCGUCAUGGCUUAUGAUUGGUCGUUGCCUGCACGCCUGCUGAUUUUGAUUUGUAUCUUGAACGAUUUGGCGACAUUGGUGAUUGCAGUUGACAAUGCUCAGCUCUCGCCGCAUCCUGACAAAUGGCGUAUUGGCCAACUGAUCACAAUGUCCAUAGUCCUUGGUAUUUGCCUCACGGCCCUAUCGUUUGCACACUUUUUUACUUUCUGGAAGCACUUUGGCUAUGCACCGGUCCACGAGAGUGAGCCAGAGGAAUACAGGAAGCUCGAGUCGGUGAUGUAUCUGCACAUCUCGUCUGCGCCUCACUUUGUGAUUUUUUCAACCCGCCUCGCUGGCUACUUUUGGGAAAACCUUCCAUCCCCUCUGUUCGCGGCUGUAAUUAUCGGCACCCAGAUCAUUGCCCUACUGAUGGUUGUGUUUGGAGGGCUGACACCCAAGAUCCCUUUCUCUCAGGCAAUCGUAGUUCUUCUCAUCUCCUUUGCCUACUUUAUCGCUUUGGAUGUGGUCAAGGUCCAACUGUUCAAGAUCUGGUCGUUUGAAUUGACAGCUGCAGUGGUCCGCACACCAGCACGCAGGAAAAAGCUAGCAGAGAAAAAAGCUCGCAAAAUCCAACAGGAACGUGUUUGGAAUAGCAUUGAUCAUAUUCGAGAAAUUAUCUUGAAGUUGAAGGCCCUGGAGGCGUUGAAUGAAGUACCUAAGGGCGAAGGGCAGACGAUUGAGGAUCCUGAAGAGUUCCAUCGCAAGGAGCAGGAAAAGAGAGAGUAUGAAGAGGUAGAAGGGGAAGGAAAAGACGGUCUUAAAAAACUUGAUGCCAUGGGCAGCGGCUCUGGUGCAGACGAGAAGGCAGCGCAAGAGGCCAAGGAGCAGGCAGCAGCGAUGAAACUAGGUGAUACUAACGGAAUUAAUGCACCUGUAUCGUCGCAAAGGCCCGCCACUGCCGCUACGGAAGCGGCCUUUAAUGAGAAGCAGGGGGUCCAACAAUAA